AUGGCUCUGACUCCAGGAGCCGGCUAUUCACCGCAUGGAGCAGUGCAGGAGAGUACAGCAGCGUCCAUUCGUCUAUCUUCGGGCGGCUCUGAUAUCGCAUGCGGACAGUCUGUGGAUGCUGGCUCGCAGCUGAGCUUGUCGUUCUCGUCUCCGACUCGUCAGUAUCUCGUCGAGGUUGUGACCUCCACCUCUUCCUCCCCGUUGCAAGGAGGACGCUGCUCAGGAACGCGACUAAACAACCAGGUAGCGGCCGUGACGAUCCCCAAGGAUGGCACGAUUACGGUCCGAGCUGCCUGGUCGAGCUCGCGUUCAUCGCCCAUCUACAGGAGCGCAGACUGCGUCUACACCGUCAAGAUGCCGGGAUGCUCAACACCAGGGACAUACCUCGACAACGGGCAGUGUGCAGAUUGUCCAGCGUUCUCAACCUCUCCUGCCAUGAGCACGUCGAUAUCGGCCUGCCAGUGUGUAUCAGGAUAUACUCCAGCAUCAUCGGGCACUUGCAACGCCUGUCCCAAGGGAACUUACAAGUCGACCGUCGGAUCCGAUGCUUGCACCGAGUGCCCCGCAGGAUCUUUCUCGCACACCACGGCCGCAACUGCUCAGACUGCAUGCACUCUUUGUCGUGACCCUUGUGCUGCUGGGGAGAAGGAGAUCGUAGCAUGCACGGCUACAACCAAUCGUGUCUGCAUCCCUGCCAACUGCACCGCAUGCGCGACUGGGGAGUACCUUACCAACUGCAACAGCGCAAGCUCCAGUGGAGGCACCUGCGUCAAAUGUGAAAAGUGCAACGGAGGAGAAUAUCGAGAAGGAUGUGCUGGCAUAUCUGCUGGGGAGUGCAAGGCUUGCACAGCUGGAUACUAUUCCACUGGCGCAGAGUACACGGACUCAUGUCUCCCUUGUUCAGUUUGCAAGUCGAAUGAGAUUGCACAAGGAACGUGCUUGGUGUCGGAUCAAGUUUGCACGACAACUGUCGCCGCCAAGAACAUCACCUAUGAUGUCGUCUUCACUGUACAGCUUCCCAUGUCCUCCGGCAAGUUCACACAAGAAAUGCAGAAGAGUUUCAUCUCUGCCGUCACCAUCACAGUCGAGACUGUCGAGACCAAUGUCAAGAUCACGAAAGUCUCGAACCUCGUCUCAGGGACGGGACAAGGAAGCAUCAUCGUGGAGUGCAAGGUGCUCUGUCACGACGAAGGCGAAUCAAAGACGGGGCUUCCCGAUGCGGUCUUGCUAUCUGUUGGACUUACAAGCUCGUCUAGUCGCUUGUCGUCGUCAUGGAAUCUGCUCGUGUUGGCCGUCUCUGUUGUUUACGCUACCAGGAUGAUCUGUAAUUUGUGA